AGUGUCGCUGUUACCCAACCCGUGAGUUUCUCCGGCAUUGCGUGUAAGCCAUGAUGCUUCAACAGUGACAGAUGUGCAAGAUAUCAACCGCCUAUCGCUUCGCAAGUCUCUUCUGAUUCGGGUAAUACAUUCCUAUUGAACGGUUGUCUGUAAAUCACUUUUAAUAUAACAGCGCUUUAUUUUUCUGAAAGAAUAUCCGUCGAGGAAACUGUUUUGCCCUUUUGAAUGCAAACUGUCCGGAUACAAUGACAUCGCAAUCCACUGUGCAGAAAAUGAGAAGGUCUGUCUCCAUUUUCUUUGUAUUUUGCGGGAUGUGGAGCGCUGCUUUGUCCGUGACUCGCUACUCUAUCCCCGAGGAAAUGGAGAUUGGAUCCGUUGUGGCGAAUUUAGCAACGGAUUUGGGACUGGACGUUCGCAGCCUGGCUGAACGGGAGGUAAAACUCGAUAUUAUUCAUAGUAAUAAAUACCUAGAUGUUAAUAAAAACACAGGCGAUUUGUACAUUGUAGAGAAGAUCGACAGGGAAUAUUUAUGCUUGGCAAAGUCAUCUUGUUUUCUAAAACUGGAUGUGAUUUUACAAAAGCCUUUACGAAUAUUUAAUAUUGAAUUGGAAAUCAAAGAUAUUAACGACAAUGCACCGCAUUUCCGUUGGGAAGAAAUUCAGCUUGAUAUAUUAGAAUCAGUUUCACCAGGAGAAAGAUUUUCCUUAACCAAUGCCAUCGACCCAGAUGUCGGUACCAACUCCAUUAAAACAUAUCAACUUAGCGAAAGCGAGCAUUUCGAUCUGGAGAUUCAGACAGGAACUGAUGGAGCUAAAUAUGCGGGUUUGGUUUUGAGAAAGGCUUUGGACCGGGAGGAGCAGGCUGUAUACAAUUUAAUACUCACCGCUGUAGACGGCGGAAUCCCGGCGCGGUCCGGCACGGCCAACAUCAUCGUGCGCGUGCUGGAUACAAAUGACAACGCCCCUCACUUUGACAAGGAAGUAUACUUGGUUAAUUUAUCAGAGAACUCGCCGAUAGGCUCUCUUGUGAUUAAACUAAAUGCUACAGACCUGGAUGCCGGUCCAAACGCAGAGAUAACUUACUCCUUUUCUCUUUACACAUCUGAGAAGACGCAGGACAUUUUUACUUUGAAUCCAAACACAGGAGAAAUCAGGGUGAAGGACGUUAUUGAUUUCGAACAGGCGCAAUCUUUCGAAAUGCAAAUAAUAGCAAAGGACAGAGGUUCCCUCUCUGGGCAUUGCGGAAUACACAUCUCCGUUACUGAUAUGAACGACAACCACCCGGAGAUCAAUAUAAAAUCAUUCAAGAGUACAGUAAAAGAAAACGUAACUAUGGGCACGGUCAUUGCUGUGAUUAGCACUAACGACAGGGACUCUGGCGUGAACGGAGAGGUCGUCCUGUCGAUAAACGAGCCUUUGCCCUUCACCCUGGAGAAAUCAGCAGAAGGUCACUUUGCUCUGGUUGUGUCAGAGCCAUUGGAUCGCGAGAGAGUUCAGGAAUAUGACAUCACUUUCAUUGUGACAGACAAGGGAACGCCCCCUCUGUCUGACAAUAGAACAUUCACCUUAGAGGUGCUCGAUAUUAACGACAAUGCGCCUCGUUUUCCUAUGUCGUUCUACACAAUACCGGUGUUUGAGAAUAAUGCGCCAGGAUCAUUACUGAGUUCAAUCACUGCCUCUGAUGCAGACAUAAAUGUAAACCAGUACCUGGUUUAUUUCAUUGUAGAAAAGGAGAUAUACAACACGUCAAUGUCAAUGCUGUUUUCCAUUAAUCCAGAGGACGGUAAUCUUUACGCGCUGAGGACUUUUGACUACGAGAGAGAGAAAGAGUUCCUUUUCCACAUUGAGGCCAGAGACUCGGGAUUUCCUCCCCUCAGCAGUAAUGUCACCGUCCACAUCAUUAUCCUGGAUCAGAACGACAACACUCCGGUCAUAGUCUCUCCCUGGCGCGCGCAAGGCUUUGUAGUGGAGGAAACGAUCCCGAGAUCCACUGAUAAAGGAUACCUGAUCGCCAAAGUGAUCGCCAUUGACGCAGAUUCUGUGCAGAACUCUCGGAUCACGUACCAGUUUCUACAGAUUACUGACGCCACUUUGUUUAGUCUGGACCAAUACAACGGGGAAAUCCGGACAAUGAGAAUGUUCAGUUACCGAGAUCCGCGUCACCAGAGGCUGGUUAUUGUCGCCAAGGACAACGGAGAUCCGUCUCUAUCAGCUACAGUGACUAUUAAGUUAUCAACUGUGGAGCACGUCAUUAAAGCGUUCUCGGACACCACAGAAUUUCCUUUGGAAUAUGAUAUAUUUUCAGACUUAAACCUGUAUCUGGUGAUCGGUUUGGGCUCGGUGUCGUUUCUGUUAUUGAUCACUAUCCUGGUGAUCAUCGUGCUGAAGUGUCAGAAACCGAAGCCCGCCAAACCGACCCCUCCCUGCAGGAACAGCGUGAUUAGCCAGAGGAACUCCACCAUAGCGGACUCCACCCUGGUCUCCAGCGAUGCCUACUGGUACAGCUUGUUUUUAGCGGAGACGCGGAAAGGAAAGGUGGUGGUUAGGCAGCCGAUACCGAAGGGGGCCGGAUACAUGGUUUCCAGUUUACCCAGAGGCACGGGCCUGACGGAGACCAGCGGAUCCAGAGCUUCCACUCUGCAGGUAGGGACGCAACAAGAAAGGUCUUUUUUAUUUUUGCAGUUAACUGUCUCCUAAUAUAAUUACUUUACUUCUACUACUACUAC